CCAAUGAGCAUGCCGCGUGUAGCUCCCACUCGCUGGCAUCAGAAACACUAGAUAUCUUCAGUCCCGAGCUGUACAGAUUCAUACAAAUACACACCAGCAUUGGCCAGACAGAGGCUGCAUUCUGCCAAACACACGCUGGGGAUAGGCAGUCAUAAAAAAGAAGGGGACAAAGAGUCCAGCAGCUCUCGCACACACCGGACUCAAGCAGGAUCUGCACCAUGAAGACCAGACUAGGCUGCCUGUCCAACAAAUCCGACUCCUACAGCGACUUCUCCGAGUUCCUUCCUCCUGCCCACGAAACUACAGCCAGGUGUCUGAAACUAUCAACGGAUGAGGUGGUUCGAUGGUCUGAGUCGUUCGAUCACCUUCUCUCUCACAAAUAUGGCCUGGCUGCCUUCCGGACAUUUCUCAAGACGGAGUUCAGUGACGAGAAUAUCGAAUUUUGGAUGGCCUGCGAGGAGUACAAAAAAAUCAAGAGCUCCACCAAGAUGGUGUCAAAAGCAAACAGGAUCUUUCAGGAGUUCAUUGAUGUUCAGGCACCAAGAGAGGUCAACAUUGACUACCGCACCAGGGAAAAGACCAAGCAGAGCCUGGAGGAUCCGUCCCCGACCAGCCUCAACGAAGUCCAGGCUAAAAUCUACAGCCUCAUGGAGAAAGACUCCUACCCACGAUUCCUCAGGUCCAAGAUGUACCAGGACAUAGUGAACAGGGCGCACGCACAAGGCCAGCGGCGGUCUGUUUGACUGAAUCUGAUGAAGACGACAGUGGACACAAAAGUGGACCUAUACUGUAAAUCAUUCAUUACCCCUUUCACAUCUCUGAAUAUACUGUGAAUCUGCAAGGAUGGGGCGACAUGCUUGACUGUUUCCUUUUGUCUACACCAGCUCCAUGCAUGCAAUCCCUCUAGAUAAGAUGUGUCUCAGUGGACUGCACUGUACAGAGAGAGAGAGCGAGAGAGAGAGAGACUGGAGGAGGAUAAGCUAAUUAUUUUACCUCUACUUGGUGCUGGGUGAUAGAAAAUAUUAUCAUGAUAAAAAUGACCAUAUUCUGCGAUAACGAUAUUUAUUACAGUAUAAUCUUGUGCUUUUCUUUUUCCAUCAGUCAUAUACCAUGUCUUUUUAAAACUUUGUUAAAAUGAAAUCCAACAGUUAAUUAAUGAAAUGGUGUGAGUUUAGACCAAAAAUGCCAUAAAUAGAUCUUGAUAGUAAAGCGAUAUAUAUAUGUUCGUGUGUGUGUAACUUACAUUGUUUGUUUUAGGCACUGUCAUUGGCAUAAAUUAACUGCUUAUCCAAAAAGUAUGAAGCAAUUAAUGAACAUUUCAAUAUGGAACAAUAACAACAGAAAGUACUAAUUUUUCGUGGAGCCUCUGGUUGUGGCUCAUUAUAUUUAGAUGCUAAAAUAAAUUUAGCUGUUUUAAUGACAUAUAUGGUAAAAUGUUCAGACUAUGAAAUAAUUGGAAAAGAAAUGUCAAUGACUGACAUAAGAAAAUGUUCUUUUAUGAACAAUUUGACCAUCUUCAGUUGAACUUGCAAUCAUUUGACAUUUGUUCUCCUCACAUGUCCCUUAUAUUUGUACUUUGGAAGAGGGUAGGCCUCUUUCCAUUGACAUAUUAAUGUAAAAUUGGCUGGUGGAGCGAGAUUUAUAGCCGGGUGGAUUGACUUGUGUUGUGUUCCACUGACCCAGUAUUGACUUGAUUAUACUUGAUUGAUUAUAUAAAUAAGUAAAUUGAGAUAAUUAUCGUUGUCACUUUAUUGCCCAGCACUACCUCGUACUUAUCUUCAGUUCUUUGUGGAAUAGACGCUGUCGUACGCAGGUGACUUAGACCUGUUGUGGUAGUUCGUGUUUACACUGAAAAAUGAAGUGAGUGAACACUUAAUAUCUGAAACUGUGCCAAACUAGAUUGCACUUAGAUAUUGAUUAUAGCUACAUAAUCCUGUGUAUUGUAAACUCUUGCAGGUAUUCUACGUGAUAUUUAAAUGUGGAGUAUAAAGGCAGGGUUGGGUUCAUUUUUUUGCUUUCAAUUCACUCAGUUCAGGAAAUGAAAAUAGAAGCUGUUGUAUAUGGUUUAUGCAGAACAUCCUAUUGGACAAGCGGCCAUGAUUAUAUCAUAUCUUUUAAGUUAUGUUUGAUUUAAGAACUAAAGUACCAUAAUUAAAUGCAAUCAUCUUUUUUUCCUUUUUUAAACCACUGCUCAACAUUGGUUUUAAAAAUGUUUUACAAAAUGACUCAUUAUUUGCAUAAAGUGCUGACUAAAUAGUAAUUUAAUAGUAUAUUAAAUCCUCAGUGCUUCCCAUUAAGCUAAAUAUAAAAUAUUUUCCUCCCAAUCCUGUUUAAAGUGAAUUGAAAGCAACAGCCCAACCCCCUCAUAGAAUCUGCUCUGAGUUGAAAAAUGUUGUGCAAAUUUUUUAUUUUCAGCAUGAUGCAAUACUCAGAAUAACUAGAUAUUCCUUGACAUGUACAGUAUGUGAUGAAAAUUACUGCAAAAAAAACCUUAAGUCUAGAAUAUGUCAGUGACAUGACAAAAGUGUUCCCGCGGCAUUUGCACUCCUUUUAAAUAAGCUGAUUGAAAAAGAUUUCCUAUAGUCUGUUUGGGGGGGGGGGGCAAAUGUUUUCUGUAUAGUGCAUGUGUACUGUAUAGGCCAAACUAUUUGAAAUACAGCAAAAACUGGCUGAACAACAUAUCACCCUGUAUGGUAUGUUACUGUGUUCCACAUGAAUGUAACCUCACCCCCUAUAUUUUGUGAUUAAAAUGAAAUCUGCAUCUAUA